CACACACACACACACUACCGCCCCGCCCUCGCGCACCUCCGCAGGAGACCCUGUCCGUGCACAGAGCCGCCCCCCCCGAACUCGUUCAUUCGCUCGCUCGCACUCGCACUCACACACACACUCGCUGCCGCGUUCCGCAGUACGGCUCGAGCCCUUCCGCGUCGGAGAUCGACGGGGCGCGCGGAGCCGCGCGUGCACGUAUCUACACACACACACACACAGACGCGCGCGCGCGCCCAUCAGCAUCAUUGGUCCGCCGGUCGUCGUCGUCGUCGUCGUCGUCGUCCUCGUCAGGUGCUCCUCGGUGCUGCUCGCCCACCGCCGGACACUCUUGGCGUUACUAUGUGAACACGAUGCUGGCGCUGCGAUGCCUGCUGUUUGCUGCAGUGACAGGCUGGAGCGGCUCCCUGCUGCCGCUCCUGCGGGACGCGGCUCCCACGGCGGUCCCACGGCAUGUGUGCAGACCCCAGAGGCUCGUGCAGCAGAGCCACGCGCAGGAGGAGACUGUCCACGGGGAGCUGGACACCAGAGUGCGGAACCGCACGGAAGGGAGCCAGUCCCAGGCUGUCCAUUUGGCCCAGAGCUCUUUCCUGCUGGAGGCCUUUGGGAGCUCCUUCAUCCUGGACCUGCAGUUGAACCACGAUCUCCUGUCCUCGGACUACGUGGAGCGCCAUUUUGACGAGGACGGGAGGCCGGCGCAGACCGAGGGAGGAGAGCACUGCUACUACCAUGGGCAGCUGCGGGACGUUCCCGCCUCCUGGGCAGCUCUCUCCACAUGCCAUGGCCUGUACGGCAUGUUCUCGGAUGGGAAGUUCACCUAUGGAAUCGAGCCUGUUCUGCACGGCAGUGGUCAGGUUAGCCGCGAUGGGCCGGAGCAGAACCACCACGUGGUGUACCGGAUGCCCGCUCUGGAGCUGCCCCCCUUCUGUCCAGGCUGCACAGAGCACAGCAGCAAUGGCCAUUUGGAUGCUGGUUCUGACAGUGACGGUGAUGGAAGCUCUGAGAUGGAGCAGCCCACCUUCUCAGAGGGGCUGAGACGCUCAAAGAGACAAGUGCGUCGGGCACCCCCUACGGUCCAAACGGAAACAAAGUACAUUGAGCUGAUGGUGGUCAAUGACCAUGAUCUGUUCACUCAGCUCCGCAAGUCGACCACUCAGACCAAGAACUUUGCCAAGGCAGUGGUCAACAUGGCUGACGCGAUAUACAAGGAACAGCUCAACACCAGGAUAGUUCUGGUUGCCAUGGAAACCUGGUCAUCACAAAACAUGGUUUCUGUUGGCGACGACCCCCUCGUAACCCUGCGUGACUUCAUGAAAUACAGGAAAGAAAGCAUCAAAGAGCACAGCGAUGCGACACACCUUCUCUCAGGGCGCACUUUCCAGAGCAGCCGCAGCGGGACGGCCUACAUCGGAGGCGUCUGCUCCCUCGCCCGAGGAGGGGGCGUCAAUGAGUAUGGCAACGUGGGACCCAUGGCCAUCACCUUGUGUCAGAGCCUGGGCCAGAACAUCGGCAUGAUGUGGAACAAGGAUCGAGCAGCAGCAGGAGACUGCAGGUGUCCCGACCCCUGGCUGGGCUGCAUCAUGGAGGACACCGGGUACUACCUGCCACGCAAGUUCGCCCGCUGCAGCAUCGAUGAGUACGUGCGCUUCCUGCAGCAAGGGGGGGGCAGCUGUCUCUUCAACAAGCCCAGCAAGGUGAGUGCGGGGGCCGUGCGUUCGGGGAGCGGCAUCGUGCCGGGGCCACGAGCGCGCCUCGCCUACCGGCCCCGUUCGCACGUAGCCGACGCUCUCGUCCAGAGGGACCCCGCGCCGCGGAGUCCCGGCAAGAGCCCACCUCACACGGAGACUCGAGAAGCGGCUGAGCUCAACAUGUGUGUUCUUUUCUCCGUCCCCCCGUACGACGACGCUCAGCUGCUGGACCCCCCGGAAUGUGGCAACGGUUUCGCGGAAACGGGCGAGGAGUGCGACUGCGGCUCUCAGGUGGAGUGUUCGCGCAGCGGCGGCGCCUGCUGUAAGAAGUGCACUCUCACCCACGAUGCCAUGUGCAGCAAUGGGCUCUGCUGCCGCAGCUGCAAGUACGAGCAGAGGGGAGUGGUCUGCCGAGAAGCGGUCAAUGACUGCGACCUCCCAGAGACUUGCGCUGGAGACUCCAGCCAGUGUCCUCACAAUGUCCACAAACUGGAUGGAUACCUCUGUGAGAAUGGACAGGGUCGCUGUUAUGGGGGCCGCUGUAAGACCCGACACGGACAGUGCAGGGAGCUCUGGGGCCACGACGCCGCGGACCGAUUGUGCUACGAGAAGCUCAACACGGAAGGGACGGAGAAAGGCAACUGCGGGCGAGACGCCGCCGGCCAGAGCUGGGUCCCGUGCAGCAAGCAGGACGUGCUUUGCGGCUUCCUGCUGUGCCUCAACAUGACGGCGAGACCGAAGUUCGGGGAGCUGCAGGGCGACGUCACCAGCCACACCAUGUACCACCAGAGCAAGUAUCUGGAUUGCCGCGGGGGCCACGCCGUGCUGGAGGACGGCUCGGACCUGGGCUACGUGGAAGACGGCACGCCGUGCGGACCCAACAUGAUGUGCCUGGAGCGCCGCUGCCUCCCCCUGAGCGCCUUCAACCUGAGCUCGUGCCCCGGCUCCUCGGGCCCCUCGGGCCCCUCGGGCUCCGGCUCCCGCACCUGCUCCUAUCAUGGGACCUGCAGCAAUGAGGUGAAGUGUAUCUGUGAGCGAGACUACACAGGGAAAGACUGCAGCGUCUAUGACCCCAUCCCAGAGCCCAAACCCCCGGAAGCUCCUGAAAAAUACAAGGGUCCCAGUGGCACCAAUAUCAUAAUAGGGUCCAUCGCAGGUGCAAUUCUCCUGGCAGCUAUAGUCCUAGGGGGGACAGGAUGGGGAUUUAAAAACAUCCGGAGAGGAAGAUCCGGCGGAGGAUAAGUGUGUCCGCCGCUCUCUCUUCCUUGCACUGUGUCCUUUUCAAUGAAGAGAAAAGGAUAAGAACGUCUUCCACUCAUUCCUACGCUGCAGCUCCUCAAACCUCCUGCACCCCUUUGCUCUCUCUCCAGCCCCCCCCCGCCCCCCCUUCCCUCACGGGCCCGGCACGUGGUCCACCGACAUGCAUUCCAGCCAGACGCGACUGCCAGCCGUCCCUUCCGUCCAGGUGCCACGCGCCUCCCUCCGGGAGCUCUGGGAACAAACUGUUAGUAGAAGCCAACGGCGGCCUUCCACUGGUGACGAUCCGGGGCUUUGUUUCCGCGAUCCCCUCUUCCUCGUGGACCAGACGAAGGAGAGCUACGGUCCCCUUCCCAGCAGCUCAACCCAAGCGGCUCUAUAGCCACCGUCACGCAGGGCUCGCUCCCCGAGACAGCGAUGACGGAUGCGCCGUCGCACCUUCUUGAUGGUGCAUUCGAAACCUGCCAGUUUAGAUUUUUUUUCAAUCCUGUGGAGAUGCCUUCAUCAGUGGGAGGAGCGAAGGCUGUUUGAGUGAAGGGAUGACCGAGCGUAGAAAACUCCCGCCUGAUCUCAGUGUCAGCAGACCGCGGUCCCCACGAUGAUCCCCGUGAUGCUCUGAGCCACAGGCUGCCGCUCCAGGUUCGGCUACACGGACAGCGUCGGUGAGAAGAACGUGGCGUUUGCUCAUUUCCAUUGUUAAAGAUCCAUUUUUUGUCUUUAGCGACAGAAUCCCGGCUCCCGUCCGCUUCACUUCGUUGCUUGAUCGGUUCGUCUAUUCGUACCUCGUGUCAAACUUCUGCUCAAGCCUCAAUUCCUUCCAGUCACGUUCGGACGCCCCUAAGGCCCUCGCUGUGAUUCUUGUGCUAAGCAAAGGUGCCCCUGCUGACCGUUUCCUCUUUACUCGCUCGCGUCGCGUGACGUUGGACCCGAACCCAAAUGCGAAUGAGUUCGCAGAGUGGCUCCGGUGGCUACCCAGAGUAAGGUGAAAGGAGCCUCUUUGGUGUAUUUUGUACCGUAGGUCUCGAUGUUUCUGGCAAACAUUCCACACCGUUUCCGCGAGUUCAUUGUAAACAUGCAGCUUUUCAAACUCUACGCUGCAGUGACGUCACACACUGCAGCCAUAGCGUGUGCGUAGAUAUGCGAGUGUGUGCUUUGCAUGCGUGUUAUUGUUCGUUUACACUUACACACAGCUCGGAUAAGCGAUACAGCAUAUACAGUUUGCAUAUGAGUAUGCAAAAUAUUUUAUUCAGAUGCGGUGGUGGCAUUAUGCGUACAUCCGUGCAUGUGUGUGUUUCAUAUAUUGUGCUUCACAGGGAUUUGCUUGCUUUUAAAGAGCUGGCGGGCUGCUCAGCGGCUCCAGGUAUUACAGAGUGCACGUGUUCGGCCGGAGCCCCUCCUGCACCGGCACGACCGCAUCCCCACACGGUCUCCGUUUGUUUUGCAUCAUCCAUAACUGCGUUGGCUGUAAAUGUACAUCGGUAACUGCUGAAAGGAAAUAUUAAGAAACCUGAUGAGCUUUGCAGCAGGAGCUGCUCUCCGGUUCACCACAUAGUCGAGAGUUGGCGCCGCGCAGGUGUGUGCGGAUUCGCACGCGGUCUACGGCAGGAGACAGCGAGGACCAGUUUUACCGCGGUAUGCUGCUGUUGCUUAGUGAAAUGUACCUCUAAAAUUAGGCAGCCUGCUGCGUUGCCUGUGGGUUGGGGUUCGAUCCAAAGCACAUGUCCAGAGAGGAAUAGAGCAAAGAAGUUCCCCACUUUUCUCAGGUCAGGUCUGAGCAUCGCUGCAUUUCACUGGGUUCUGAGACCCGGGAGCUUUAAUGAGACGUUGACAGUUUAUCCGUACUGGUGGUCGGCAGCGGGACGCGUCUCCCUGUCUCGCCGUCCCUCGGGGAAAUCUGCCGUCAGCCUGCGGUACCACACGGCGCAGUCGACAAAAAGACGAAUGUUGAAUCCAUUUGACUUCAUCAAACCGGUGCCUCCAUUCUGCGUCCGUGUGAAAAACAUUCAUACCACGUUGUAAACUAUGCUCACAGCUUUCGCUGGCAAACUGUCAUCACGACGCUCUUACGUACACGUUCUCGACGCCGUAGUUACAUCUGAACCAAACAGUCCGUCGUAGAACCACGCCAUGUAAACUUGACUUGUUCAUUUCUGUUGGAAAUUCAAGCCCAGGGACCAACGCUGCUGUCACGCUGCUGUCCGACCACACGGUCAAUUUACGGUUUGAUCUCACCGGUUUCUUCUAUUCGUGGCUAAGGCAGUGCAUCCGGACCUCGGGUUCUAGGAAACCCCGCUCUUUCCCAUUAGUGCACCUGCCAUACCUGACAACAGGUGGGAGUUACGGUGUCGUUUGACUGCUGGGAUUUUAGCAGUGCUGAAAAAGUCACAUUCAGCUGGAAGGAGUGAGAGCAAAGAGACCGAAGCGUCUUGGAGAGAAGAAGAGCUGAUCUGCGUGUGCUUACAUGACAUGCGUUUGGUGCGCAGCACUGCCGCAGCUGGGGGAGCACAUCCUUGCCGUUGGGAUCCCACGUCCGUGUGUGCGUGUGUGUGUGUGUGAGUGUGAGUGUGAGUGUGUGCCCACCUUCCGCCCCUCUGCCACUUCCUGGGGCUGCACUCAGAAGGGCUCUUCGCCGAAUCCAGCGAAGCUUUCUUCCCAGCCGUUUAGCCCUUUCACCGAAUGAUUUUGGUGCUGUCAAUUUCCAAAUGUCGAUUGUUUUAACAGCGAUUGUUAACGUGAUCAUAACUUCGAAGUCCUUUGUGGAAUUGUGUGAACACCUGCAGUUUUUGGUGGCCUUGGCUGCUGGUGGUUGGUUUCCUGUGCUAGAAGGCAAUCGCUAGAAACGCGACGAGGGAAGGAGCGCCGAAGGCCGAAUGGAGCCUUUUCUUGUGUCACUUUUCUUGUACCACUGCCACCCGACUGCCCGUUCUCUCGAACCAUCAGGAUGACACCGUAAAAACACAAGAUCGCUUCGCUCCAGUUACGUACGUCUUUCAGCCAAAGUAAUAAACCUGUGUUUUGUGGCAGUUCUGUAUCUUUUGGGCAGGAUCGGAAUUUGGAAAAUUCAAAAUGAAACUCUCAAGGUGAAGUAAUCGCAAAAGCGGACCCAGGUUAGGAUACGGGCCUCCAGGAACUCAGGUACGACCGGCGUCUCUGCAGCGGGCCUCUACGUCGUAUGAAGUCUCCGCGCCGCAGAUCCGAUUUGCACAAUACAGAAACCGACGGAAAAAGGCCAUGAUGAACAAGUUGCACAUUAUCUAUGACUAACGUGAGGUUAUGAGGUUAGUCUAAGAUGAAAUUUAAACCCUGUCCAGAACCCAGCACAGGUAUAUAGCGAUAGCCAUCCUUCUGCAAUCUCCUCUCUGUUGACAAAGUGCUGUUGGGAAAGAGCAACAUGUUAAAGGAGCACAAAACAGUUUUGUUUUUUUGUAAAAGUGUACAGUCUUUGGUGUGUUAACUGUAUAUAUCAGGACUCGUGUGUCUCCCUGUGAACAUAUAAGACAUGUAUAAUAUAUGUAACAUGAAUAUAGUCUAACAAGUAUACACCGAGAGAUUGUAUGAGCUGUCAAUAUGUGGACUAUUUAGAAAAAAAUAUAUUCCCGUCAUACUCAGAUCGAAAAAUUCCGCAUUGUAUAUUUGUUGUAAGCUUGCAGUCUCCUUGCAAGACGGUUCUUUGUAAAUAUGGUUAAUAUGAGUUUUGAUUAUGAAUUUAUGUUCAUGGAUGACUGUUUUGGAAGAUUCCAGCACUAACCAGAGAGUGACCGCGUGCUGUUACUUCAGCAGAGUUGAGUUUUCCUUCUUCCACAAAUACAUUAUUGCUCUACUGUGUUCCUUGGUUCAACUGCCUUGGUGCCACCCAAACCAAGGGCACUAUGGAUUUGAUUUUUUUAAUCUAAAGAAUAUAAGAAAAAUGCCUUUCUUGAGCAGCCAACUUCUUAUUUUUAUGGUUUCUUUUUAAAUAAAGGGCAUUUGCUAU